CACGCUCUGGAACAAGCAUGCCAAGACAACUGGAGUAGAAAUAAAGGAGCAGCUGAUGGCAGGGAUGUCCCCUAUUAUAUUAAUCGAAACGGUUCCAGUGACCACUUCAAAGGGAUUUCUCUAAGCACUCAUGCUGACUCAACCAUAACUCUCAGUCCAGAUACUCCCCGUGCCACAGAUUUGGAAAAGUGGGCUGUCGAAAAUCGUGCAGCACUUGAUGGCGUAAAAGUCUGUAUGGAGUACAAUAAUGCUGCCUCAAAUUUGGCAAACCCCGAUAAGGAGACAAUAAUGGAAAUAGCAAAAGUGACUCCACAGAUUGACGAGGUCAGUUUGCUCGUAACACCGACGUGC